AUGGCCAGUCCAGGAGCAUCGAUCCAUAACACACAUGAAAACACGCCUGUGGCUGGUAAUCAGAACUCUAGAGCUCAGGACCAACAACCAGCCAACAGCGGUCAAAAUAAUGCGGUCCCAGCUGUCCCUCCAAGACCAAUCGCCACAAUGGUUGAAAAUCGCUACACAUCCGCAAUCAUUUUAGCCGUUAACUCUCAGAUCAGGGAUGAAGAUCGACUUGCGCCCGAUGGCCUGAAUUUUGCUUCCUGGAUUGAUUUUCUCGAAGAACGCCUACGUGAUGCUAUUGACAACCCUAAUUAUCUCAACACGGUGUCAACAAAUGCUGAACAUGAGCGAAUUGCGCGCUCCAUUCUUCUUGCCUCGGUUGACAGAACGUUCCGAAGAAACCUUGCGCGGUUCACGGCCGCUAGAGACAUGCUGAAUGAUCUCACAGUUUGCUUCAACUCAAUCAGUCGGGCCGCCCAACUUGCGGCAUUCCGUCGACUUCUAAGCUUCAAUAUAGCAGACCAUCCGACAACGGCUACCGUUGCCACAGCAAUCAUGGAUCCUCUCGGCAUCAGUCUGACCAGGGACGAGAUAGCCGGACUUGUGCUCCAGAACGGUUUGGGCUCCGAUCCAGAACUCAUGCAUGAAGUGUACAGACGGAUCAAACAAGCAGUGCAAUCAUCAAGAUUCAAUAGAGUUCCGGUUUUCGAUGUCAUCCUCAGAACAAUUGACAUCGUCCGGCGCAAUGCUAUCCACAGGAAUGAGAGCCAACCCAGCUCCAACCCAAUUCCCCUCGCCAUGCAGACUCAAGCACCGGCCGCUGUCCCGCCCCAAGGAAGCAACCACGGCAACAUCAACCCAGACAUGAACGAGUUUAUGGCGGCACAAGCAGGACUAUGCUGGCAAUGCAGAUCACCGGAUCACCUUCAGAAGUCGUGUCCUUUACAACAACGUUUCAACUCGGCAAGACCAACAAACCGCCCAAUCACUGGAGGAAGAGGAUACAACAACUACGCACCAGAUCCGCCAUAUGGUUUCCAACCUUUCUACCCGAUCAUCGCACCAGCAGGUUACACCGGCCUCAAUAUCGUCUUCAACGUGUCGAUCAACAACGGCCUAGUCAAAAUCUCAAGCCAACACCCUCUGCUUGUCUGGCCGACUCUCAAUCGGAUCAAGAUCAACCCACUGCAAGAACUGUCGAAAUGGGAGAUCUGGAAACGGACCUGGCCAACCUGA